AUGGCUUACGGACUGGUUGCCGACGGUGAUGAACUCCUGACAGUGUUCCGGUGCGACUUUCAGAGGGAGGGUGAGAAGGCAUCAGAAUAUUUACUUCGUCUGCACACACUUCUGACCCGAGUCGUUGAAGAAGGCGGCGCUGCACAAGAAGAGUGCCCAAGGCUCCUGUGCAGCCAAUUCCAGAGAGGCUGCCUCUUCAACGACAAUCUCCUUCACACCUUGCAGUUGUCCUCCAGGAAGGCGAACCCACCCCAAAUUCUUGAACUACUUCGAGAAGUCCGGGUGGCGGAGUCUCAACUGGAGGACAAGCUGGACCGAAAGGCUGCCCACCGCUCCCCACAAAAGAAGGUCUCCGUCUUGGCUAUAGAGCAGACAGUGCAAGCGCCCACUCCCGCCUCUAAGUCCACAGGUGAGGUGGAAGAGUUAAGACAGGCCGUCGACCGCCUUCACCGACGGUUGGAUGGCAUCUUCAAGUCAACUCCAAGAGCCCAGCAAGGCAACCCGUCGUACUCCGGCAACCGACAGAGAAGCCAGUCUUUCUUCUGCUAUAAUUGCGGCGAGGAGGGCCACCGCAGUAGCAUUUGUAAGUCACCAAAGAACCCGGCGCUGGUGCAAGAGAAGAUGUUGACCCGCGCUACUGCAUCCAAACCACAGAGUUCGGGAAACGACAGCGGACAGCAGUAG